CUCCCUUUACUGAUUUGGAGUUAUAGGUUUGUUGCUACAAGUCUGAACUGCAGAACCAGUUAAAAGGAGGAGCUACUGUUAAAAACAGGCUUGUGGCCAUUGGUUAAAGUUGCCAUCAACUGACACAGGAAUAAAUGAAUCUGGCACUGUCUUCCUGAUAUGGGACCAGCUUUAGGCAUCAGCGCAACUGUGAUUUAAAUCCACUUGCUUUUACACAAGUUUCAAAAAGUUGUACGGAUCUUUUUUAAUCAAAGUGACCUAAUCCAUAGUGAUGGCUACAAUAAUGAGCCCAUACUCAUGGAAAGAAGGGUUGGAAUCUCCUGCUGGGGAAGGAAAGCCCAGGGCUGGUCUCACAGCUCAAGAAUAUCCAGCCAGAAACAAAACUGAGCCACGAAUCCGGAGACCCAUGAAUGCCUUCAUGGUCUGGGCUAAGGACGAGAGGAAAAAACUAGCCAUCCAAAAUCCUGAUUUACACAACGCAGAGCUGAGCAAAAUGUUAGGCAAAUCAUGGAAGGCGCUCACUCCUUCGCAGAAGAGACCUUUUGUAGAAGAAGCUGAAAGAUUGCGAAUCCAGCACAUGCAAGAUCAUCCCAAUUACAAAUACAGGCCUCGGAGGAAAAAACAGAUCAAACGUCUGUGCAAACGUGUGGACCCCAGCUUCCUGCUCAACAACUUCCCCCACGAUCAGACUCCUGUUCACAGUGGAAGAAUCUGCAGGGGGCCGCUGGAGGAGGAAGAGGAUAAAGGCUAUCGGCCAGCCUCGAGACUUCCUGCAAUCAGCAGAUUCAGGGAUACACAGAACACAAAUGGUAGUUUCGACAACUAUGGGCUCCCCACACCCGAGAUGUCCCCUCUAGACGUAGUGGACGCUGAUCAUAGUUUCUUUCCACCUCCGUGUACAGAAAGUUCUCCUCCUCAGAUGAAUGGAAUGAUGUAUCAUUCAGAAUACAGUCAAAGUCCCAUUCGAUGUGGAAAUCUGAAUCCGAUCUCAAUCCAUCAAAAUAGAUCUCCUAUGAUGCACCCUUCUGCCAACCAUCCUGCACCACCUCCUUAUUAUAACCGAAUUUUACACCCAGCAUUCCAGUCCAUGAAUUCAGGCACAUCAGUCCACCUUUCUCCUCCACGUGACCACCAUCAUCUGGACAACCUUGAGCACAUCAGCCAGGCUGAACUUUUGGGGGAAGUAGAUCGAAAUGAGUUUGAACAGUAUUUGAACACCUCCAGUCACCUGAAUCAAGCAGGAAUGGUAAUGAACUCACAUUUAUCUGAUGUUAGCCCAUCAGGAGACACAAGUUCAGAGAGGAGCUUAAUUGCAGUCUUAGCUGAUGCUACUGCAGCAUAUUAUAAUGGCUCCUAGACCAUACAGUGCCCUCCAUAAUGUUUGGGACAAAGACCCAUCAUUUAUUUAUUUGCCUCUGUACUCCACAAUUGGAGAUCUGUAAUAGAAAAAAAUCACAUGUAGUUAAACUGCACAUUGUCAGCUUUUAUUAAUGGGUAUUUUUAUACAUUUUGGUUCCACCAUAUAAAAAUUACAGCUGUGUUUAUACAUAGUCCCCCCCCCCAUUUCAGGGCCCCAUAAUGUUUGGGACACAUGGCUUCACAGGUGUUUGCAAUUGCUCAGGUGUGUUUAAUUGCCUCCUUAAUGCAGGUAUAAGAGAGCUCUCAGCACCUAGUCUUUCCUCCAGUCUUUCCAUCACAUUUGGAAACUUUCAUUGCUGUUUAUCAACAUGAGGACCAAAGUUGUGCCAAUGAAAAUCAAAGAAACAAUUAUGAGACUGAGAACCAUGAAUAAAACUGUUAGAGACAUCAACCAAACCUUAGACUUACCAAAAUCAUCUAUAUGGAACUUCAUUAAGAAGAAAGAGAGCACUGGCGAGCUUACUAAUCGCAAAGGGGCUGGCAGACCAAGGAAGACCUCCACAGCUGAUUACAGAAUAAUUCUCUCUAUAAUAAAGAAAAUCCCCAAACACCUGUUCAACAGAUCAGAAACACUCUUCAGGAGUCAGGUGUGGAUUUGUCAAUGACCACUGUCCGCAGAAGACCUCAUGAACAGAAAUACCGAGGCUACCGAGGUGAUGUCCAUGAAUUGCAGACUUCAAGCAGUCAUUGCAUGCAAAGGAUAUGCAACAAAAUACUAAACAUGACUACUUUCAUUUACAUGACAUUGCUGUGUCCCAAACAUUAUGGUGCCCUGAAAUGGGGGGAUUAUGUAUAAACACUGCUGUAAUUUCUACAUGGUGAAACCAAAAUGUAUAAGAAUGGCCUUUACUAAAAUCUGACAAUGUGCACUUUAACCACGUGAUUUUUUUUCUAUUACAAAUCUCAAAUUGCGGAGCACAGAGGCAAAUAAAGAAAUUAUGGGUCUUUGUCCCAAACAUUUUGGAGGGCACUGUAUAUUAAAUGACUAGAACGUGACUGCCUAACAACAGUAUUAUUUACAAAGAUUUCUGCACUGGAAAUAUCCUCAGGGUUUUAAAAUAAACCAGUAAUGAUUUUCAUAAAUGAAGAACAAAAUAUUUAUGUUGAUUAGAAGUCAUUUUUGUACGGUAAAAUAUAUAACUGAUUCGUACUUCAGAUACAGUACUUGCUUUCUAAACUUUAGUCUGAUAUGUUUGUGUUUGUAAAGAGCAUGCAAUAUUAUUUAAAUAUCCAGUGAUCGCCUCAUUUUUUUAACGUUGGUUAUUGUAAGCUUUGUGAUUUCAAAUGUUUGCAAACUGUUUUACUGGAUCUAGAAAACUGAUUUGAAACAAGUGAUCUAUUACCAAACAAAUCACAAAUUAUGCUUUCAAUAAAUGUUUUAUGGAAUUUUAAUUGCAAUUUCUUCAUGUAUGUUUAUCAAUUUAAAAAGUAGAGUCAUACGUCACUGUAACAAAGAAACAUAGAAACAUAAA